AUGUUUUCCUCAAAUGAUAUUAUUGAUAAAAUUGUGGUCUCUACUUGGCUUCCUCCUCCUGCAAAUGCAUUCAAAAUUAGUUUUGAUGGUGCUUAUUUGAAGGAUUCUCAGGUGGGAGUUGGUGCAUGUGUUAUGCGUAAUAGCCAGGGGAGGGCUGUCUUCUCUAUUGCGAAACGAUUCCACAAUGUCUCUUCUCCUGCAAUAAUAGAAGCCUUGGCUCUUAGAGAAUCUAUUCAGCUUGCUGCGAGAACUCAAACAUUAAACCCGUACUUUGAAGGGGAUGCGAAGUCUAUUAUCGACGUUGUUCUCUCGUCUAAACCGGUGGAACUAAAUUGCGAUGUGAUCCUCCAAAAUUAUAGAUCCUUGUGUGGUGAAUUAGGAUUCACUAAUUUUAGUUUUGUUAGACGUAAUUGUAAUUGGGCGGUUCAUGAGUGA